AUGAAGGAGAACCUUGUUCAUUUGUUCCUCUCACAACGUUGUUCUGCUCCGAAAGCUACCGCGCCGCCGCCUCGGCGCUUCCCUGUCGGCGAAAUAAUCCCUUCUCCACGCCAGACUACUGACCACCUUGCGGCCCUGUCCUUCCCGUGCCAUCGGCCGGUUCGUCUCAAGUUCUCAACUCCUCUUAUUGCAACAACAUCCACACAGACGCCAUCUUACCCGGUCAGGACAGCUUUCACGCCGCCCAUCUGA